AUGGCAUCUUCCGGGCAUGUUCCCGAAAGCUGGUCCUCGGCUGAGGCGUUGACGUCUGACGCAGGAGGGCCGUUCGACCUUACGGGCGGCCAUCAACAGCAGAAGCUCCGGUAUGAGCUCACAUUGAUGUAUCAAUCUGCUCAUAUAGUUGACGGGUCUGAAAAUAUUCGCAUACUUCACCUUCUCCCGGGAAAGCGAGACGACCCCAUUCGGACACGGUUGCAGUCAUGCUCGGUCGGCAACCCGCCAAGCUAUGAAGCCGUCUCAUAUGCGUGGGGAAGCAAGUUGGAUAACGCUGUGAUUAUUGUCUGCGAGGGUGGAGUCGAUUACCAUGUUGAGAUCCCGCGAAGCCUCCACGGGGCUUUGAAACAGCUGCGACACGAUUCCAAUCCUCGCCUCAUCUGGGCCGACGCCAUUUGUAUCAACCAGACAGAUGAUGAAGAGAAGAGCUGCCAGGUACGAUUGAUGCGGCAAAUAUACCAGAAAGCCACGAGGGUGGUUAUCUGGUUGGGGGAUGACUACGAAGCGGGUUGUGGAGCAAGUACCCUCUUUGGUGUUAUCAGCCAGAUGAAUCACGGCGAAUCCUUAGCGAUGCCACCACCGGAAGAUCAUGACUUUUGGAUCGCUUUCGGGCAGCUUUACAGGAGUCCUUGGCUCUCGCGAUUGUGGUGUUUGCAAGAGGCAGUCUUGGCCCCGUCCGCUCAGGCCAUGCUUGGGGAACACUCCACGCCAUGGAAACAUAUUGGCUUCGCCGCGACAUGCAUCAGCGAUGUGCCGGCUCAGACUUUUCAGUAUGACGAUAGUGCGUUGCUUGGUGUACACAAUGCCUGUCUGAUAUAUGGACUGUCGCAUUCAAAUGAGAGCCGGCAGCUGGUUUCCUUCCUACAACUACUCACGCUCACCAGGCCAUUUGUGGCGAGUGACUCUAGAGACAAGAUUUACGGUAUCCUGGGGAUUCCGACAACAGACUCGGAUCCUGAUGCCGGCGAACCGUUCUUACAGCCUGAUUACACCAAGACACUAUCAGAGGUGUACAUUGAUUGCUCCUUGGCCAUCAUCCGCAAAACUCAGUCUCUCCGGCUACUGUCUUAUGUCCAGCAUGGACAGCUUCCCAGACGAGUAGCUGACGUCCCAGCGCUAAUAGCGGCGGACGAGACGCUGGUUAAGGUCCCAUCGUGGGUCCCACGCUGGCACCAGUACUUUUCAAGAACAUUAGCGCCACAGGAGGAAGAGCCGAAGACUUUUGAAGCAUCUGCCUCUAUGAAAACCCACUCGGUGCCCAAGACUGAUGUGAGAGGGCUCGAACUGAUAGCAUAUGGGGCUCGAGUAACCCGCGUCAAAACUGUCUCUCGCAUCAUCGACGCCUCCAAGACAUUGAGACACACUUCGGCAAAAACGGCCAACAAACUCUGGGUAGAGUUCAUCGGGCCCCUAAAAGCAUCAACAUCGGACCCAGGGGAACUCUUUUACACACUAAGUACCCUGCUCACUGCUGGCAAAGACUGGCUCGGAGGCGUCAUCGAGGACAGAGAGCAACACUUUGCCGACUUCCUGGCCCUAAUAUACGAUCCCAUCUUACUUUCUGGUGGUGACCCUGGAGUGCUACGAAGGAGGUUUAUGGAGGCAGAUGAGGGGGGUGAACCGCCUAAGUAUAUAUCCUGGGCUCAAGGACCGUUGUUCCAGAAACCCAACGUGCUUCAAGAUUUGCUUUUCCGGCCCCGAACAGAUCUUGCGCUGCCACCCGUCGCCAAGACGGGGCGGGCCCAUUGCUUCCAAGAGGCCAUGCGCGGUGCGUGCACCUGGAGGCGCCUCAUUGUUACCGAAAACGGCCACGUCGGGCUUGGCCCUCAGGCAACUGAACUAGGGGACGUCGUCUGCAUCCUCGAGGGCGCCAUUAUGCCUCUCAUUCUGAGGCCAGAAGCGGAUAGUGAUAGCUUCAAGCUCGUUGGCGAGGCGUAUGUACAAGGCAUGAUGUUCGGCGAAGUCAAGAUCUCUGAGGUGGAGCAGAUCGUGCUGAGCGACAAGCCUUUCGUGGACCCUGUUGGAUUGAAUGUAAAUAGCCUGCCUUGGUAG